AUGGCAGAGUACCCCAAUUUAGAAUUAAAUUGUCAUUUUACGACCAUGAUGGUGGAGCCACCUCUAAUCCAUCUUCCCUUUCCGCCUACUAUCACGGCGCAUGAUAUUCUUAUGAGACGUCCACAGUCAAGAAUUCGGUCCAAGAGUCCAAAUGCUUUCUUUAUUUAUAGGAAAGCAUUUUUUGACCAACUUGCACUUUUAAAUCAACGAUUCCAAAUGACGUAUGUAUCCAAAUUAGUCAGCGAGUAUUGGAAAAAUGAAUCCGAACAGGUUAAAAGUGCAUAUAAAAGGAUUGCGGAAGAAGUAGAGGAAAAAUUGAAUGAAGCGAGAAUAAAGGCUUUAGUCUACCCGGAUGCUUCACAAAAACAAAAUGAUCAAAAAAAAACGAAGAAAACUCGCAAGAGACGCAAUUAUAAUAAUAAUAACGUUCAAGAGUCGAAUAUCGCCCAAAGUAACCCGCAACUCUUACAGCCACAAAUUCAUACCGCCGAUAACGAUCAAUCUACAUUCGAAAUACAAUACUUCGACGGACAAUAUUUUCACGAUGACCAAAUGUUCCAACUUUUGUAUAAUAAUACAUGGUG